AGACGUGGACUGUGGAGUCGCGAACAUCAAUAUUUUGUUAUUUUUGCAAAGCAAUUUUCAUUUUGCAAUGAUUUUGAAUAUUUGCGUAGAUGUUUUGAUUUUGCGACGUUUGCUUCCUUGGUUUCUCGUUUUCUCGUAUUUCGUGGUUUCAGAUGCAGGCUAGACUGCGAUUUUGGCAUAUUUCAGUAAUUCAGUUGUGACGCUUAUUUAAAAUCAGGAAAGCUUUAGCCUUUAAGCUUCCCUUUACUUCGUUACGACGAGGAUGAUUUUAUCGACGUUCUAAGUUCGUUUUAGCUUCUUCACUGCUGAUACACUCUCGCGCAGCGACGUGAUAUUUAUCCCUUACGAUCUUGUCACUCUUGUCAGUUGUUUAUUCCCGAUCACACAUACUCGGAGCAAAAUGCAUCGGUUUCUUCGUACAUGCCCCCGACAUAUUGGCAAUGUAGGAUCCGUCCUGCGAACCGCAACCGUGUGCCCGCUGCAUUCCCUGUCGGGACAGAACCAGAGCGUCGUCACCGUCAAGUUGGACUAUGAUCAGACGGUCCGAGCAGACGAAAAGCAGCCGCCGGAGGGAACACCCGUGCAGUAUGUGCAGGGAAACUGGCCCUACUUCAUUCUGCCUACGCCCCAACUGGGCAACCAGUUCACAGAGGACGUUGUGCUCAAAUCUUACCUGCAACGCGUGGCUCCCAAAGAUGCGUGGACGGCGUGGGAGGAGGAUCUGGAGAGAUUCGGUUGGCAUUUGUCGAAUCGCGGCGACAUCAGCAAGCUGCACCGGCAAUGCGAAGAGGAGCCCCCGCGGCUAAUGCAGGUGGACGCCUGGGGGCGGCGCGUCGACCGACUGGAGACGAGUGCCGCCUGGAAGGAGAUGCACGCCAUCUCCGCGGAGGAAGGCAUGAUUGCCAUUGCUUACGAACGCGAAUACGGACAGUACAGUCGGAUCUACCAGGUGGCUAAGAAUUACCUAUUCGCACCGUCAUCGGGAUUGUAUAGCUGUCCGUUGGCCAUGACGGAUGGCGCAGCUCGCGUGAUGGAGGUACUGAAGGACAAAGGUCCAUCGGUUUUACACGAGCGUUUCCGGACCGCACUUUAUCACCUGACCACACGCGAGCCGGAGAACUUCUGGACUAGUGGGCAGUGGAUGACGGAACGCCAGGGUGGAAGCGAUGUGGCAAAUGGAACGGAAACUGUAGCGGUACCGGUGGCAAAUGGCCUAGGAGAGUACACGUACCGUUUACAUGGCUACAAGUGGUUUUCGUCAGCCACAGAUGCGAAUAUGGCGCUCACUUUGGCUAGGAUCGCCGACAACAACGGACAGACUGUGCCGGGUAGCAAAGGCUUGUCCUUAUUUUACGUGGAAACCAGGGUGUCGGAUGCCCGAGUUCCCGGUAGCGAACUGGUAAACAAUAUACAGAUCGUCAAACUAAAGAAUAAACUGGGCACACGACAGCUGCCCACGGCGGAACUGAUCCUACAGGGUACCGAGGCCUUAUUGGCAUCCGAGCCGGGCCGGGGUGUGGCAGCAAUAUCCACUAUGUUGGUGUUGACCCGCAUUCAUAAUGCGAUAUCGGCGGUGGGCGCCAUGCGCAAGAUCAUUUGUAUGGCUCGCAGCUACGCCGAACAGCGUCGCGCUUUCGGCAAACGGUUAAUCGAGCACGGAUUGCACACACAGAUCCUGGCUCGCCUGGAGCUACAGACCCGGGGAUCUUUUCUGAUGAUGAUGGAAACGGCGCGGCUCCUGGGGCUGGAGGAAACUAAUCAGGCGACAGAGAAAGACAAACUGCUGCUGCGCAUACUAACGCCGUUAAUCAAGUUGUUCACCGGAAAACAGGUGAUGGCGGUUGUGUCAGAGGGAUUGGAAUGUUUUGGUGGACAAGGAUAUAUUGAGGAUACUGGACUGCCGCAAAUAUUUCGAGACGCACAGGUGCUGCCCAUCUGGGAAGGUACAACAAACAUCCUCUCGCUGGAUGUGCUCCGCUCCAUGACAAAAUCCAACGGCGCCACAUUCCAAGCCUUGCUUGAGGAUACGCUGUUGAGAGUGGAGAAAUGUCCGCCCUCGGAAACUGAAACCGUUCGUCACUGUGUUAAGAAACUGCGUGAAAUCGCCAUGAAAGUAGCCAAGGCGGGUGCGCCAAUGCAGGAACUAGCCGCCAGAGAUCUUGCCAUCUCCAUGACGGAGAUUUAUAUAGGCGCGCUGUUGUUGGAAAAUGCCAGUAUUACGAAGAAUUCGGCGGAUAUUGUGGCAGCCGAACGUUGGUCACGACAGAUCUUGGCUGUGUUGCCGCUCCAACUGGAUGCCUUAUCGCGAGAUUAUUCAGAAGAAGCUGUGCGAGGCGAUCUGGAGCUCAUCGGGCAGAGUAUUAAACUGGACGAAAUGGGCGAACCGGCCGAGCAAGUUUUAUGUUAGACACUUCAUUGUUGUACUCGUACAACAAGCUAAGCAUGCGCUAGGCGCUAAGUAUUCAUUUCAAGUUGUUAAUUCGCAUCCGGAGCGCCGGUCACGAAUUAGGUGGGUGACAAAAUGCCAGGAUCAGGAAAGUUUUUGGACAAAAAAUAUUUGUGCUUAUGCGUAUUCCCCAGUGAAAACCGAAAGAAAGCUCGAUUGCACUAUAAUAAUUACAUAU